AACUAACAACAGACGCUACAGACUACAUUGUCGACAUUGUUAUAUAUUUCUCUUUUUGUUGUUGUGUUGUGUAAACCUUUUGGUUUGGAAGAACAGACGGAACUGGUUUUACAGCCAGACUAGAAAAUGAAAGUCAAACGGAAGAGCAACAUCGCUUCGCAAUUAUUCUUGCGAGAACUUGGUGUGAAUUUACCAAGAGAUUUAAAAGAAUGGAAGAAAACUGAGAGAGUGUGCUCUCUGCAAUUGAGUAACCAUAAGACUUUCGAAAGUGUCCACAGUGGUGGUGUGAACUCACUAUCAUUGUCGCCAGAUCGAUACGGUCAUCGUUAUUUGCUAUCAGCAUCAUCCCGUAGCUCCAUAGCGAUACACGACCUUACUCGUCAACAUGGCAGAACAUGUAAAGUUAUAGGAAAAAUCACCAAGGCGCUACCAGCAAUGCACCAACUAAGUGUGGAGACAGUCAGCUGGUAUCCCUACGACUCAGGGUUGUUCAUAUCCAGUGCUGUUGAUGGAUGUGUUAAAAUUUGGGACACGAACCUGCUACGGUUAGCUGAAAGCUUCACCCUUCAAGAUAAGGUCUACAAGCAUCAAAUGUCACCACUUGUAACAUCACAUGCCCUGAUAGCUGCAGGUUGUGCUGACUCUCGUGUCCAUCUGAUUAAUUUGAAAUCAGGUUCGGCAACCCAUAUUUUGAAAGGUCAUGAUGAGCCGGUCAUCACUGUUGCUUGGUCCACCAGAGAGCCAUAUUUGUUAGCUAGUGGCGGAAAUGAUAAUCGGGUAUUGCUUUGGGACAUUCGCCAUGCAUCAGGUCCAAUGCUUGCCUUGGAUCAGCAUGGUGGCAAGCAGUCAUCUGGUCUUUCUAGACACAAGACAGCACAUAAUGGUCAUGUAAAUUCAAUGUGUUUUACUCCUAAUGGUUUGCACUUGGUUACGUAUGGCACUGAUGAUCGUGUAAGACUUUGGGAUGUGGCCACUGGUCGAAAUUGCUUUGUGAACUAUGGACGUAUAGCGAACCACUGCAAUAAAAGUGUUCAAAUAGCGAUAAGUGACACAUCUAAAGAACUGGCAUUUCUGCCAACAUUGACAAAGAUCAUAGCUGUUGACAUUCACACAGGAAAACAUGUUAUGAAGCACAAAGGAGCAUACAACGUUAUCAAUUGUUGUAUUUAUGAAGAAAACAAUCAAGAGUUAUAUACUGGCUCAAAUGAUACUUUUCUUUUGGCAUGGCAACCUCAUAAGAAAGUCACAAGAAAUGAUACGCUCAAGGUCCAUAGGAUUGAUAGGAAAAGGAGGAGGCCAAUUAGUCCUAGUAAUUAUGAGGACCUUUGGAGUAGUGACGAAGAUUAUGACUUAUAGACUACCAGUGAUAAACAACAAAAUGAUUACCACAAUUUUUUUUAAUGGAAACAGGAUAAGCGGGAAUCAAGUGUUCAUCAUUCAAUCGAGUAAAGAAUGAUAAAAAAUGUUUUAAAGAUGCAAUAUAUGCAGCCUAAUAACUAAUGUGUAUAAUAGAUAUUUAUUAAUAACAAACAGUUGUUUAUUUAUAUGGUACAAUUGCAGUUGCUUUCAAAGUACAAUGAUAUUAAUACAACUUUUCUGACAUGAUGCUUUCACCAUAA